AUGUUUUAUGUGUCGUCAGUGAAUUUGGUGACCAUUGAGGUGGUGGACGACCCUAACAUGGACUUAGAGAUGGAUCUGAUAAAGGACUGGAUCCCCUCGUCCUCUGAAGGCUGGCUGGGGGGUAAGAAGCUGUUCUGGCCUCUGUUCUGGGGAUACACAGACGCUGACUCCAGCGAGGAUGGGACGGGCCGCUCAGUGCAGGAGGAGGAAACUGGAGAGGAAGAGGAAGUCGAGGAAGAUUACCUGUUGGAGUAUGUUAGCGAAGAGCCCCUCCCUAGCAGUCGCUGGAACGAGGGUUGGGACGCCACACAGAGCUACUAUGAGAAGGAGGAGACGGAGGAGUGGAGUGCCUGGUCUCCGUGCUCUGUCACCUGUGGUCAUGGAGAGAGGAAAAGGAUACGGUCCUGUGGUUACUCCUGCACCCUGACAGAGGCCUCCAAAUGUGACAUGGAGCCUUGUCCAGACGAUGUCAACACUGUGGCUGAAGCUUUCCCCUUCGAGAUGGAGAACGGCACUGAACCUUUUGGCACAGACGUGGACACCUGUGAGAAGUGGCUGAACUGUAAGAGCAACUUCCUCCAGAGAUACCUCAACCAGGUCCUGUUAGAACUACCCAGCUGCCCCUGCACUUACCCCUCGGCCACCGCCGACACCGUGGUCAGCGUCUUCGACGAGGGACACGACCGGACGUUCCAUUGGCGCGACGCCAGCGGCCCUAAAGAACGCCUGGACAUCUACAAACCCUCAGCGAGGACUUGCAUCCGCUCGGCCCUCUCCGGCGACGUCGCCACGCUCGCCGCCCAGCACUGUUGCUACGACAACCGCGACCAUCUGAUCACGCGGGGGAAGGGUGCGGGAACGCCCAAUCUGAUCAGCACAGAGUUCUCACCGGAGCUCCACUUCAAGGUGGACGUGCUGCCCUGGAUCCUGUGUAAAGGGGACUGGAGCCAUUUCCACGCGCUGCGACCGCCCAACAACGGCCUGGUCUGCCCGGAGAACCCCCACCAGGACGUGUUCAUGAACGAGCUGGAGGAGGCCCGGGAGUACUGAGAACGCAGGCAGUUGCCAAAACUACAUUACCCAGAAUGUGCCAGAACAGUGGGGUCCAAUCAUAACUUGAGAAAAGAAAGCAGGGAUGUUUUGCAUUGCAUUAAAGUCAAUAGGAAGUUUGGGGAUUGUGAAGUUGAAGGUGCAAGUUAAUCUCAAGUUAGGAUUUGGCACAUUAAACAUCAUGCGACCAGGCCCAACAGAAAAUAAUUGAACUUCAUUGAACUGAACAAAAAAAAAAGAGAUGCAGUCCUGCCGAUGUGUUUUGCAUCCAGUAAGAUUCCCAGCUCUCUCGAUGUCUGUCCACACUCCUGUGUGCAUGUAAGCAUGACGUUGUCAUCUAGCCUGUUGGUGUUGUAGGAGCUCUGUCUGUGUGACUGACCAUCAGUGUUGGGGGUAACGCGUUACAAAAGUAACAUGUUAUAUAAUCAGAUUACUUUUAUGAGUAAUGGAGUAAAGUAACGCGGUACUUUUUCAAAUUGGGUAAUACAUGACAUUACCAAAAGUAUGUGGACACCUGCUCAUCGAACAUCUCACUCCAAAAUCAUUGGCAUUAAUAUGGACUUGGUCCCCCCCUUUGCUGCUAUAACAGCCUCU